AUGCAGAACAUCGCAGGGAUGCUCUUCGCCUUCAUCCUGGCCCUGUCGGGUGGCCUUGCUACCGCCGCCGGCGUUCCGGACCGCGGUCCUCUUGUCUUCUUCGGUGAAUCCACGGCACCUAAGCACCUUACCGUCAAGCCUGCCUAUGGGUUCAUACAGACCCCAUCGACCUGGACCACUGUCUACACGAACGAGCAUGUGAAGCCUACUACUCUCCCCGUCGUCUCCCCCGACGAGGCUACCGAGAGAGCCGCUUCGUUUGACAAGCAGGCCAUGCCGCCUGGUGCCUAUGGUGGCGAAGAACCUCCCAGCGGCCCAAGCGGUGCGUACGGUCAACCCCAAUCACCCCCACCCAGCCCCGUCGGCCAGCCAGCCAUCGUUCCUUCCGCUGUUCUGCAGACAUCCAUCGUUAUCCAGACCCUCUUUGAGACUGUCACGGUGAGCCUUGGAUUGCAGACGUCCAGUUGCGAGACUACCCCUACUGCUGUGACGACACCUACUGCCGUGAUCACCCCUUCGGAGCCCAGCACUAUCACCGGCAUCGAGACAAUCCCCGGCACGCCUGCUACGGAGGUAUCGACGCCAUGCAGCUCUACCACGGUCACGGAUCACGAGUCCACACUGAGCACCUCCCCAACUCGGCCUCCGACAUCGUCUGGCACGGCUCCAAGAGCCAGCAGCACGCACACACCAAGCUCGGCAUGGUCUUUCUCGACAACCCCGACCUCCGGCAAGCCGUCCGUGACUCCCAUCGUCGACACUAACGCUGGCAUUAUCACUGCGUCGAACUUGCGCCUACUCUGCGGCAUGUCAGCCCUGGUGGCCUUGACCAAUGUUGCUGGACUCCUAUGA